GACCUCAGUGCCAUGUUGCAGCACCUCUGGUGCCGAUAUAAAUAGCACCAGGAAGCUCACCGACGAGUUUAUUAGAAAAAAAAGAUAAAUGUACGUGUGCCCGGAGACUAUCGAGUCUUAUUAACAGAACGCACCGAGCACACCAGAAGAAUUGAUCAAAAAGAGUGAGGCGUGGUGGACAAAAGAAAGUUAUUCUUCAAAAGAGAGAUGCAGUGUGGCUCCACAUUCCCAAAGCACAUUCAGCUGAAAGUCCACUGACAAAGGACAGUUCUAACACGCCUGGUGAUGGCUCACCAAGGGCCACUCCUCGCCAUCAUCACGACACUGCUCGGCGCCACCUUUGGCGGUCUUCUCGUGUGGCGAGCGCUCAGCGCCAAAAAGAAGCGGCCGCCCUCCACCCAGAGGGAAACGCCGCUUCCCGUCGCCUCACAAUCCGCCCGGCGCCCGCCGCAUGAGGAGAUUGAGACGGCAGAGCCGGGGAAGACCUGCACUGCCCCUCCGGUGUGCAUUCCGUCCUCUGAGAAGCUGCUGGCGGUGAUGCCGGUGACCGUGAGCUCCGCCGAGGAAUGGCGGCAGCUGUGGCCGCCCAUGCGGGAGGACCUGGUGGCCGUCCCGGUACUGGGACUCGACUGCGAAUGGGUGUCGGUGAACGGCCGCUCCCAGGUGGUCUCCUUGCUCCAGCUGGCGUCUUAUUCGGGGCGCUGCCUGCUGGUCCGGCUUUUGGCGUUCAACGGUGCGCAGCUUCCGCCGGACCUGGCGGAGGUCCUGCGCGACCCGCGCGUGCUGAAGGCGGGCGUCGGUUGCCACGACGACGGCAAGCGCCUGACUCGGGACUUCGGGCUGUCGCUGACCUGCACGGUGGACCUGCGCCACCUCGCCCUGAGACACAAACAAUUGCCGGUGAGUAACGGACUUGGCCUGAAAUCGCUGGCAGCCGACAUGUUGAACAUUUCGCUGGACAAGUCGCUGGAACUGCGUUGUAGCGACUGGGAGGCGGACAAACUGACGCAGGAACAGAUGACGUAUGCCGGCAGGGAUGCCCAAGUGUCUGUCGCCCUCUUCUUCCACCUGCUCGGCCUGCGCCCAGAAGCCCACCCGGCUUCAGCCAACGGGCUUUCCUACGCCGCGUUGGCCGCCCGCUGUCAGGGUUUGCUGGACGUGCCCUUCAGGGGCCGAGGAGGCGCCGAAGAAACGGAUGAGCAGGACGGCGGCAGCACGGCGCGGACGAGACGAAUGCGCGUGCACCUGAAGGGCACCUCCUCGAGCCCCGAGAGCCCCGCGUCUGGAGAUCAGAGAGUCCCAGACCCCAGGAAGAACAACAAAAGGAAGCCGCUGGGCGUGGGCUACUCUGCGAGGAAGUCUCCGCUUUACGACAACUGCUACCUGCACGCCCCCGACGGGCAACCGCUUUGCACGUGCGACAAGAAGAAAGCCAAAUGGUACCUGGACAGAGGAAUAGGAGAGCUCCAGAGUGAGGAUCCGUUUGUGGUGAGGCUUCUGUUUGAGCCGUCGGGACGUCCGGACUCCAAUCAGGACUACUACCUCACGCCCAAGGAGAACCUCUGCGUGGUCUGCGGGAGGUCAGACUCCUACAUCAGGAAAAACAUCGUCCCCCACGAGUACCGGCGGCACUUCCCCAACGAGAUGAAGGAUCACAACUCCCACGACAUCCUGCUGCUGUGCACCAGCUGCCACGCCGCCUCCAACGUCCACGACGCCUCCCUCAAGCAGCAGCUGGCUGACGACUUUGCCGCCCCGCAGGGCUGCGAAGAAGGCGUGCGGACCAUGGAGGACCUGGACCGGCGCCGCGUGCGCUCGGCGGCCCGCGCCCUCCUCACCGCCGGCGAGGGGCUGCCCGAGUGGCGGCGGAACGAACUGCUGGCGCUCAUCAGGAACUUCCUGGAUGUGGGCCACGAGGGAGAACUGACGGGGGAGGAGCUUCGGCAGGCCGCCGCCUUGGAGACCCGGAUUUCAAACGAGGCGUACGUGCCUCAUGGCCUGAAGGUGGUGCGCGCCUACGCCGAGCGAGGCGCGCAGGGCCUGAUGGAACUGGAGCGGCGCUGGAGGGAGCACUUCCUGUCCUCCAUGCACCCCAAGCACCUUCCCCCGCUUUGGUGCGUACGGCACAACCACCUCAAGCUGCUACGCAAGUACGGAGACAACCUGCCCGUCAAAGUCGACUGAAUGGCAAUCGCCACAUCGUGGUAGGAGUUUGCUUUUUUUUUUAAAGAAAAAAAAUAGAAAAAAAGGAGAAAAAAAUGGGACACUAUGAAUUUGUGAAAUUUACAAAGAUUUUUUUUGUAUUAAUACACAAGCAGCAGCCUGCUCUUAAUCUUGACACGUUGCAGGUUAGCGGCUAAUGCUAACGAGGGUCAUCCUUAAUGUUUCUUGUCGCUCUCGUCCACUUUUCCACGUCUUGCUCAAUAGAUCAAGGUGUUUUUAAAACAUGUCAUCUUUUUGAAUCCUCUUAUUUAUUUGAAGAUGAGGUUUCACAGUGACACGGGGAGCAAGACUUUUUUUUAGCGCUAAAGUUUCUUGUUGCUCGAUGCCCCGCUUCAUUUUCUGCUAGUCAACGUUUCAUCUUUUUGGAUCCCCUUACAGUUAUUUGGAGAUGAAAUUUUGACCAGCCCUCGCGGUGGAUUUGGGGCUUUUAUUUUGUGCUUCCUGUCCACUUCCCUCGACUAAUGUCCUUUCAGUCAAUAGGUCAUUGACAAUAAAGUUGUGUUCAAUUCAAUGUAGCGCUAUUUAAAAAUGUAAAAAAAAAAAAAAACAUUUUUGCCCUCUUUCAACUUUUUCCAAGAUGAAAUUUUGACCCGCGUGUCCAAGUCCGGUGGCGGUGUGGUGACACUGUUCCACUCUUGAAAAUGUCAACUUUUUGGAUCCCCUUUAAUUUAUUUACUGGCGAGUUUUUGGGGCAAGCGCUCAUAUUAGGGGCGUAGCAACAGGACUGCUAAAUCCUUAAUCCCCUCUAUUGUCCAUUUCAGUCAAUAGGUGGCGUUGCGCUCUUGGAAAAACUUUUUCUUGGGUUCCCCUGUUUAUUUCCAGAUGAGAUUUUGAGCAAGCUAACACAGACGGCGGGGGAGCGACGCUAACGGCUAGCUCGUGCGUAAAAAAAACCGCUUCCCUUCACAGGUGCGGGACGCCUUCCGGGGUCCAUGUUUUAGUGGGCUUCCGAGUCCCGUUAUGCACCCCCCCCACACACCCCCUUUAACGCCCGACUAGCUCGUUUAGCAUGACAGUGACGACCCUCGAAGGUGUACAGAAAUUGGGAUCUUUGUAAAUGUGAACGAAACACUGCUAAUAAAGUUUGUAAUGAAAUUGAAAGACGAGAUUCCACAUUCACUUUGUUUUUAUUUCUUUUGUACAAAAUCACAGUUUUCAUAAAUAGUCUGUAAAAGCAGUAAAAAAAAAAAAGGUAUCAAUCGCUUGAGACGAUCGUAUUUAUCGUUGUUUACAAUUCAAGCUAUACUGGGUUAAGGCCUCGAGAUUUUGGCAUGAGAAUGAUCCGUCCCGGGAACUAUUUUCCCAAAAGAGGACCGGACAGAUCGUUUCUAUAAAUGAUCAGUGUCGGAAAUUACGGACAACUGCAACAUUGGCACGCGAGGGCGGCUGGUUCCAAAAGGGGCAUCCGUUCAACUGCCGCCAUUUUGCUUUUGACAAAAGUGGCGGUGGCAAGGAGUGAAAAUUCACUCUGACAUCUUUUUUUUUUAAACUGCAUUCUCAUGAAAAACCUUCGCUAGAAACCUUGGAUGACAUCUCCGCAAAGUUUUUUUUUUUACCUGCUGAAGUACUGCAUAUUCUUACAGCCACCAUUCAAAAAGUGAACAUAAGGAUUCCGUAAGGGUUUUAGUCCAAGUCUCACAGUCUGAGUCUUAUGUGGUAUUGGAAAAACUUGUUCAGUCACACACCCCCCCCGCCCGUCAUACUUUUUAAAGUUUCACCAUCAAAACACCAAUUUGGGGGAAGUUUUAGGGAUUAAAAGAUUGGCGAGAAGUACGGAGUGAUGCGUUUCCUGAUCUUCGAGUUGUUCAUGAUUUCGUUGCACAAGGCUUGGGGAAAACUCCAGACUCAAAUUUCAAGUGGCUAACCCUACAUAAAGCCCGCUUGAAACCUGGUGCAGAUCUCAAAGCAAAAAUCUUGGUCUUGUGCCAGAGUCUUAACACAAGUCCCCCCAAAAAAAGUCUUUCUCAAAUGUCCCCCUCUAAUUUUCUGAUUUCAACUCUAGUUCCCAAAUGAGUUGCGCGUUUGAUGAAACCAAGUCUAAAAAUAAGCAGUCUUUAGUGAUUUGAUCCCGCCAUUAAGCAAAGUUUCCGUACAGUCGCUUCAUUUGUAGGUUUCGUCAGAGUCCAGCACAGAACACACAUUCAUUUGAUCUCAAGGAAGUUCGACGCGAGUCCCAAAUCUCGAGUCUCGAGUCACUUGGUACGUACUUGGAGUACCCCGCCAUCAUGGCCAAAAUCCCACAGUUGCUCACAAGUCCAAAGUUGUUUGGAGAACUUCCAAAAAUAAUAAUUAAAAAAUUGUCAAAGUACCACAGAGCCUACGUUAUUUGAUUAGAAUGCCGUAUCAAGAAGUGCCUCGUGGUUCGGUUGUGGUCUUAAACAAGUCUGAAAUACUUGAGUCCACAUUGGGUCUCAUGCAAGUUCUACACAAGUCUCAAAUAUUUUGUUAAGAGUUUAAGUCCUGUGUCUCGAGUCUCUUGGACCACACAACCAAACCAAAGUACAGAUCGAUUCACAAAGUUGCUAGUAAGUCCGAAGCCUUUCGGAUCAAGUCUCAAGGGAGUCCCGAUGGUAAUUUUUACCUCGGAGAUCUCGCAUCAUUUGGAUCGGACUCUCAUGCAAGUGGGAAAGUCCUUUUGGUCCAAGUCUAUCGUGAGUCUCAAUUUACUUGUUACACGCAGGUCCAUUUGUCCACGCCGACAUCUCUGCAGAACAACAAAACUGAAGCGACAUCAUCCGAUAACAAGCGAAAAAAAAAUCCUCCCGGUCCUCUGCCUUCCUUUAGAAGACAUUAUUGCUUUAU